CGAUGGUGAAAUUAGGAGACGGAAUUUGAAAUAACUGCUGAUGAGGCCGAGUAAAAAAUGACUCUGGAUCAAGUUGCAGACACUGUUAAUCACACCAGAAUGAAGAAGAAGAAGAAACUACUGCAGUCUGGUGGCCAGAAAUUGUUUGAGCCGACAACUUCAUCAACCGAUGAGCAAAACAACUGUCAAGAUCCGCCAACAAAGAAGAAAAAGCAUAUAAGUGAGAGGGUACAGACUGAGAAUGAAGAAGUUAGAACAUUUAACGGCAUACAAUUUCCUGGAAGCAGUGAGCAGUCAGACGGUCUAUCAGAAAUUCCCAAGAAGAAGAAAAAGAAGAAGAAAACCUUGAAGUCUUAUGACCAGGAAUCGAUAACCAUUGAGCCCAAAACUCCAACCGAUGAUCAACAAAGCUGUCAAGAUCAGCCCAAGAAAAAGAAAAAGAGCAAGAGUGAGAGGGUUCAGACUGAGAAUGAAGAAAUUCCCAAGAAGAAGAAGAAGAAGGAGAAAGGGGUUGAUGCAUUGUGUGAUAUUGAAAGCAGUCUCAAGAUUAACAGACAAGUUUGGAGAGGAGAAACUGUUUUGACUGAGAUGCAUGUGAAUAAGAAUCUUGAAAGUGCUCCCACUACUUUAAGGAAGAGUAAAAAGCGGAAAAGGGCGACUUCUUGCAAGUCUGACGGGCAAGAAUCUGUAACAAUUGAGUCCGAAACAACAGCAGCUGAUGAGAAUGUGUCGACAGAGAUUAAAGAACGGGAUACGCUUCCCUCGAGUACAAAAAGACAACCUGGUAGUCAUGAGAGAAGGAGGAAGAAAAAGCGGCAGAGUGGAAAGGACCAGGUUGAAGAUGAAGAAGAAACUAGAGGAGACAGUGGCUUAAUACUUCGCAAAAGGGGAGAGAAGGAGAGAGUUUUUUUCAAUAAAAAGAAAAAAAAGACAAAGGAGGGAAGCAGGUUGCAUGUGAAAGGUGGAGGAGAUGCUCGAGGCAAGGUGCUUGAAUGUGUUCCAGAUGAAAAUCCAUCUGCAGCUGAUAAGAAGAGGGUUAAAGGAAAGAGGAAACGGUCUGUCCAGUCUGAUGGUCAGGAAUCGGUAACCGGCAAGCCCCGUUCGUCAACAACUGAUGAGAAUGCAUCGGUUGAGAAUUCAGAAAUGGUGACAGAUUCUGUGACUGAUCAGAAUCAGCAAAUUAGUCAGAAGAGAAAUCGAAGGAGACAACGAAGGAAGAAGAAGUUGAUGAAUAAUAAUGAUCAAGUUGGAGAAGAAUCCAGACGAGUCAGUAGUGAGAAUUCGGAGGAGUUGACAGACAUUCCGAAGAAGAAGAAAAAGAAGAAGACAGAAGAUGGCAGACUUAACGAUGCUGAGAAAGGUGCGGGGCUUGAGGAGAAUGCACAAGCAGGGAGAGGAGAAAACGUUUUAACUAUGCAAUCUAAUGAAGCAAUUUCAAACGAUGACAAUCUUGAAAUUGCAUUUACUGUGUUGAAGAAGAAAAGAAAGAAGAAAAAACGGAAACAAAUUGUUGAACCUACCAAUGAGGAAUCUGUUGAGCCUCGUACUACUGAUGAAGAUGUUUUGGUUGAGGAGGCAGAAAGGUUGACGUUGCCCUUAAGUGAACAAAAUGGGCGGAAGAAAAAGAAGAAAAGAGCAAAUGGACAAAUUGAGAAAGAAGAAUUGAGACCGGUCAAUGGUUCAAUACUUCAAGCAAGUGAUGAACAUUUAGAGGGAUUAACGGGCAUCACCAAGAAGAAGAAGAAGACAAAAAAAAGUGUGGAGCUCAAUGAAAUUGCAAAUGCAGGGAGAGGAGAAAGUGUUUUAACUGAGAUGCAAAUGAACGAACCGGUUUCAAACGAUGACAAUCUUGAAGUGAAGAAGAGGAAAAGGAAGAAAAAGAGGAAACAAUCUGUUGAAUCUAUCGAUCAGGAAUCCAUAAAUGUUGAGCCCCAAACUACUGAUGAAGACCUUUUGAUUGAAGAAAAUGGCCUGUUGAAAAAGAAGAUUAUACCAAGUGGACAAACUGAGGAUGAAGGAGAACUAAGUACAGUCAAUGGCCUUUUGGGAGAAAUAACAAAGAAAAAGAAGAAAAAGAAGAAAAAGGCGACACAUGCAACUCGAGAUAACUGGAAGCUCAUCUCACAAUCCGAUGAUAACUCCGUCUCGGAAUAUUCUCCAAACGAGGUCGGGCAAGACUCUGAGUCAGACGCAACAGAUGGAGAAACCUCGGAAGAUAUAACAAAAAAACAGAAUAAGAAGAAGAAAAAGAAGAAAAAAAUGGCGACACAUGCAACUCAGGAUAACUCUGAUCAGCUCAACUUAAAAGACAACGAUAACUCUGUCUCAGAAUAUUCCUGUAACGAAGCAAGUCAAGACUCCGAGUCAGAAGCAACAGAUGGAGAAUCCUCAUCCUCUGACCUUUCCUCCGAUUGCGACCGGGAAGAUUUCCGAAAACUAGACAUCUCAUCUCUACCUUGGCUUGUGAAGAGCGAGAGAGGUUUUUUUAGGCAAGAAACCAUUGAGGAUUGUCCCGUGCUUCAUAUGCGGAACCAUUAUUAUAAGAAAGAGCGGGAAGCUUUACGUAAACAAGGACAUACGGUCGUAGAAGGACGAUGGAGUGGGCUUGAGGAAGCACGCAUGAGAAAAAAUCUUGAAAAGUUUUGCAAAGCUUAUGGGAUAGAAAACCAUUUAAUUUUGCUGAUUCCUUCGCGGUUUGGUCUGGUACAAGAGGUUAGAAGAUUUUUGAAGUCUACAAAAAUGCUGGUUAAACUUGCUGAAGGCAUUCAUCGGACAUUGAAUACUGUGUAUAUUCGAGCUUUCAAACUCUUUGACCCUUGGCACCUUGGACGCUUUUCUAAAAAGGAGCGAAAUAAAGUGAUACGGCUGGAGAAGAAGUAUGGACAUAAUUGGCAAUAUAUUGGAAACAGGGUACAGCGGUCAAAUGAAUGCGUCCGGUAUCUAUGGAAGAACUAUGGAGGGCGGAAAGGUAAAUGGUUGAAAUUUGAAGAGAAACAACUUUACGAUGCUGUAAUGGAGAUUACGGCACACUUGGAAGGACGUAUCGACAGGUUUGUCGGAGUCCCAUGGAAGAAAGUGGCAGAGAAGGUUCCAACGCGAAAUUCUGUUUGUUGCUGCAAUAAAUGGAAUAGUUCUUUGGGCUGGCGAUUCAAGGAAAGGAAAAAGCAUAAGUGGCAGGCGAAUGAUUAUAUUGAGUUACUUGAAUUGGUGGAUGCUUCAAAUGUGAGAGAGGAGUUUGAAAUAGACUGGUCGAGCAUUUUAGAGAAGCUCAGUGACCGGGUCUGUAGUAGGAUGCAACUAAAGACUUUGUGGCAUAAACUUAAGAUGAAGUAUGCACCCAACAACUUCUUCAUGGAGUAUUGCGACAUUUUAGACACUUUGUUUGAGAAAGCUCUUCCUGCUUUGAAAGUGGCUGCUGCUGAGCAUGAGGAAGUCAUGGCCAAAAGGGCUGCAAAACAGCAGAAAAAAAACUCUAAAGUCUAUAUUAUCUUGGAUUCAGAUGAAGACUCCGCUGACGAUUGGAUGUAAAGAGACGACUUUAUUUUGUGAAGGUGAUGAGGGAUGUGGCAGUGGCCAGGAGGACUAGCUUGGUGUAAAUUAGUCUUGAACACAACCACUUACCAUCUAGUAAAUGUUUGUGUAUUAACAGAGGAGGUUUAUAGACAGAAGUUGCAGCUUGAAAAGAGACUAACAUGUUUCAGAUUAGUCUCUGAAACAAACGCUUAUUAUCAAAUAAAUGUUUGUGAAUGGAUACUGAAUGGAGAUUUCACCUCCAGUCUCUAUUGGUAACAACACUGUUUUUGUGCAUUGUGCAUCUCGUUUUUUUUUUAACAAAGAUGUUAUCAUGUUACUUUGGUACAAUUAUAUAUUAUACAUACACUUUGAAAUGUACAAAAUUUGUAAAUGGUUGCUGGGGUGGCCAGGGGUAGCAUUUAAAGGGAGGGGGGGGGGGUUGUUCCAUGUGGGCUUGUAGCUCAAAAGACUUACCGAACCAAAAUGUUUGUCAAAUAAGACCAGAAUCAAAGUGAGAAGAAAAACUAUUUAAACUGUUUUUUUUUAAUAUUGUUGGUGAUACUUCCAUACUCGAUGGAAUUUAUAGAUAUUUUAUUGGAGUUAGAGUCAAAAUGUGAACAUCAUUUAAAAAAGUUAAAUAUGAGUGAUGGUAUUGUUAUUGAAAAACACAAAACGGCCAAUAUAGACUAACAUGGUUUAAAUAGGUAUGAAGCUUUCACUUGUUUAUCUGUCUCCAUUCUUUUAACUUUGGAGGACACAAUAUCACACAAAACUCUGCAAUUUCCGUUAUCAACCCGGGCCCAAUUUCAUAAAAUGUGUAAGCUGCCAUUUUGUGCUUACGGAGCGUUCCUUAGCAGAAUUUCUAUUUCAUAAAGCUGUGUUUACUGUAAGCAAGGGUAAAUGCUGGCUAACCCGCGGUAAGCACACUAGUGACUUAACAAUGCAAAUCCACGGUGGACAUACAUGCGCACCUAAUGUUCCGCUCAUUUGAGAAAUCAUAGUGAGAUACGCUUAUGUUUUACGCACAUUUUUCUGCAACAGUAAUAAGUACAAGAAUUUGCUUACGAGUCGAUAUGAAAUUGUGGCCCAGCUAGGUAAGUUUUUACAACCGUUUUAACUUUGUUUUGUCAAUGAAUUUCACUUCAUUUCUAUCACCCUCUGUUAAAAAUGUGUACAAUUUAUGAGGGAUAAGGUAUCAGUUUUUAAACACUUUUGAAGUAUUUUAUUAUGAUUUUAGCGCUACAUGUACUUGUAAAUAUUAAACAUUCAUUGCACAAGGUAUGAUCAUACAAAAUAGUUAUUUCACUGAAAUAGGUUGUCAUUUAUGUUUACUGAUAGUUUUACGACUUAUGGAGAACAUUUUUUGUAAUCAUAGAGUGCAUUCUUUGAAAUUUAUGUGAUUAAUAAUGUUGUCAAAUUUAUAUGUUUGAAAACCACUCUCGGCAAAAAACUUGAAUUAAACAAAUUUGAAUAAUUUUAA